AUGUUACAAGAAAUUGUUCGAAAUAAUACGUUAUUUAAACAAUUAAAAUCAUCACCAGAUACAGAUGAAAGUGAACAAAAAAAUGAAGAUGAUAUUGAUAAAGAUACAACAGAAAUUCCAUUAGAUUUAAAUAUAGCGAAAUAUCGAUGUAUUAAUACAAUGGAAUUAGUUACAACUAUUAAAGAUAUAUUAAGUCGUUAUAGUAUAUCUCAAAGACAUUUUGGUGAGAAAAUACUUGGUUUAUCUCAAGGAAGUGUUAGUGAUAUUCUUGCUCGACCUAAACAAUGGGAAUUAUUAACACAAAAAGGUCGUGAACCAUUUAUACGUAUGCGUUUAUUUUUGGAUGAUUCAAAUGCUAUCAAACAACUUACACAUACUGUAACAUUAUCUUCAUCACCAUUAACAUUAAAUGGUUGUCAUUUAAAUAAUUUCGUAUCGAAUGAAAAUUCUAUUGAUUCACAAUCAAAUGAUUGUUUACAUAUAGUAUCAAAUGAAAGUUUAUCAUUAUCAUCAUUAAAUGGAACAACAAUAUCAACAACAAAAAUAAAUACUAAUAAUAAUAAAAAAUCAAAAUCUCGUUCAAAAACUAAUAAAGAUCAAUUAUGA